AUUAACUACUUGGCAAUUUUACUCAAUUGGUGCAUCGUCUGCAGCAAGAGUUUACCCCCGUCCAAACAUCCCACCAAAAACAAACACUCAGUAAUUACUUACUAGCCUUCUCUUUGAGCAGAACCUGUGCAACUACAAUAGUUAUUAUCUUGUGAAUCUUCGCCCAACGAAGUUUAGAUUUUUAUGUAGAAUAUGCGUGAUAUACUACGUUAAUUUUAAACCAGACUGUGACUUGCUUGGUAGCUGCUAAUACUCGCUCCCUCAAUUAUUCGCAUCCGCUCCAAUUGUCUCCCAAGAUCAAAAUUCAAGGACAGAACUGCAUUAACUUGCUAAAGUGGGCUGCAUUACAGAGAUUCUGAAAAGACUGCUUCAUUACUGUAUCUAGAAUGGGUACCGGGGAAUGUGUGCUUGGCAUUGAUAUUGGUACCACUUCAGUGAAGUGUUGCUUGGUAGAUGUCCAUACUAAAGAACUGAUCUCAAGUCAGAAGAAGGAUACAUGCUCUGAUGUACCAAGUGAGCUUGGGACUGAAGGGAGUAAGCAGGAUGUACCCCGCAUUCUUUCUGCGCUGCAGAUGUGUAUUUCUCGGCUGCCACGAGAAGGGAUGCGUAAGGUUAUCAGAAUUGGUGUCUGUGGGCAGAUGCAUGGUUGUAUGUUAUGGAAGCAUGGCCAUGCAUGGGAACAGAAACCUGAAAAUGAUAGAUAUGAGAUUCGAGAAGUCAGCCACCUUUACACUUGGCAAGACAGUAGAUGUUCCCAAGAUUUCCUCUCAUCUUUGCCUGUGCCAAAAUCUCAUCUUGCCAUAGCAUCUGGCUAUGGGUGUGCUACCUUGUUAUGGUUUUCCAAAAAUAAACCAGAGAAAUUAGAAAGGUAUGAUAGAGCGGGAACAAUCCAUGACUUCUUUGUCUGUAUGUUGUGCAGUUUGAACCACCCUGUAAUGUCAGUGCAAAAUGCUGCAGCAUGGGGAUUCAUGGAUACAGCUACUAAAGAUUGGAACCAUGACUUACUCCAAGAAGCAGGCUUGCCACCCAAUUUCUUGCCAAAAGUAGUGGAUUCUGGUGAAGAAGCAGGAAGGCUUCCAAGUGCUUGGUAUGGCAUUCCUGCAAAUACUCCUGUCCUGGCUUCCCUAGGUGACCUUCAGUGUUCUGUUCUUCCCUUACUCUCAAAGAACAGUGAAGCUAUUAUCAAUAUUUCUACAUCAGCUCAACUUUGCUUCAGGAUGCCGCAGGUAAAUUGUCAGACUCCCUUCAAAAUGGAGCCAAUUUUCAAGCCUGAAGAAAAUUUCACUCCAGAUGAACAACCUCCAGCAUGUCCACAGCCUGUGGAAUAUUUUCCAUUUUUUGAUGGCUCAUACUUAGCAGUAGCAGCUUCAUUAAAUGGUGGCAAUGUCCUUGCAACGUUUGUUAGAACUGUGCAGCAGUGGAGCUUAGAAUUGGGUUUCCAAGUCCCUCAGUCAAAGAUUUGGCAAAGAAUCCUAGCAUUAGGAGAAGAGGCACAGAGCGAGUCUUCAUUAACCAUUAAUCCUACGCUCUUUGGAGAACGACAUGCUCCUGAAGGAACAGCAACUGUAACUAACAUUGAUCUUGGGAAUGUAUCACUUGGCAAAGUUACAAGAGCUCUUUGUAAGGGAGUCGUUGCUAACAUACAUAGUAUGAUGCCAAAGUCAAUGUUAUCUGAAAAUGGAGUAACAAGCAUCAUUGGAGGCGGUUCGGCACUUAUGAGAAAUAAGAUUCUGCACAAGGAACUUGAAGAUAUGUAUAAGCUCCCUGUCACUUUAGAUUCUCGUGGAGACGCAGCCUAUGGGUCAGCCUUAGCUGCAGUAAAUGCUAAGGAAACCUCGAGAGAUUAGUAGGAUUAGUGUAGUGUGUAUAUUUGAAGAUAUUUACUGUUUUUAGGGUAUUCUUCUCAAUUGUUUCUGUAGCAAUUCCCAUAGAAAACAUUGCAUAUACAUAGAUCCUUUUCUUAAUUCAAGUGGAGUUUAUUCUACAGAUGCUCUUUUCAUUUUGUAGAUGCAUACAUAUUAAUAAGUAUCUGCUUUGAUUGCUGUUUUGCACUCUUUUCUUUAUUCUGUUAGUAAAUUUUAUAUUUAGUAGUCAAGCAUAAUUGUUUUGAAAUGUAGGUACUGUUUUGCUGCCAUAUGUAAUAAAAUAGUUUGGAUUGGUGAUGACCGUAGUUGCAUUUGUUAAUAAUAAUGGUAAUAAUUGAAAUUCUACUUCAUUUAGCUUAUCAUGCAAGUAGAUGACUGUAAGGUAUCUGGGAAAGGAAUGAAGAAGUCACAAACUAGGAAGAAGGUUUCAGACAUAUUUAUAUGCAUCUAGAAGCCGCACAACUUGGAACAACAUUAUUAAUCCAGCCUUUCAAGAACUCCAGAAUCAUCAUUAAUGUUUUUGACCACAGGUUUUUGCUUUAUGGGGUUAGAUAUGUGAUGAGUUCUCACUGCUCUUUCUGCUGUGUUCACUUUCUGCUUGUUUCCAUUUUGCCAAUAACCUUGUAGAAGUACAAGUUUAAACCAUUGCCAUUUUGUUUUGCAAAUUUUUUAUUUGAAGGUUCUUUAUUUAAUUUUUUCCGCUAAUAUAAAUAUGUUUAUGUUGUCUUAAAGUGGUAAUAAGAAUUUUUACACAAAUUAAAAUGUAUAUGUAUUCCAUUGUAGACAUUUCUGAUUUUCUACCUCAUUACUUUCCAUGUCUGUGAAGUAGUGUCAGAAAGUUGAAAAUUGUGUAUAAUCUUUGAUGUUUUCCCGUUACAAACAUCACUGCCAGGAGGUAUCAGUAAAGGAACUGUACAGUCCAGUUUGUGUGAUGUGGGUAGAGAUUUUAGUAAAGUAAUUGACUAUAUGUUGUGAAAAAAGACCAAGAAGGUAAUCUGUGUUGUAUGCUUCAGUUUUGUAAGUUUUUUGCACUUUGCAAUAAACAUUUCUUUAGAUACUUUAGGUUAAGCUUGGCAUCAACAAGUCAUUUGUUUGUUUUAUAAAGUUAACAGGUUUUCUUAGGUAUGCAGUAGAAGUUUGAGAGUGACAAAUAUUGUGCUCUUCAUAUAUACUAUGAAAGUUGCAAUUUCCAGUGUCUUAAUGACCUAAAUUGGUAAAUUGAUGUUGGUCACAAUUACUUAUUUUUUAUGUUCAGUUUUGCUGUGCUGAAUAGAGUAAAAACAGAACUGGAUUGUUCUGAACAACUUUCUGUUUUUUGUUUCAUAAAGACACAUUAUAGCAUUUAUUUGUAGUUUCAGAAACUCAGAUUCUGUUAUAUUGAUUCUCUGAAAAGAUACUACAUUAAUGUUUCUUUCCUGUUGAUAGAAUUACCUUUUUAUGGAAAUAAGCUCCUUGGAUCAUAGGUUACAUUUGUGUCCUGUUUGGCACAUAUUUAUAAUCAACCAACAUGAGCUAAUUUGAUACAAAUCAAGAUUUAAGUUUUCAAAGAUGGGCAGAUUGUAAAGUUUUAAAUUCUCAGAUUAAAGAAUACUGUCCAACAUGACCAUUAGUAUUUAGUAUAACUAUACUAUUGAAUCAGAUUUCUAAAUAUUAAAGAGGAUGAUGAACCAAAGGAUUUGUUUAUGAGUAUUGAAUAGACAUGAUGUAGUAAGGAAGCCAAAUUGGAGGAGAACAAAAGAUACAAAUUGAAAAAUAGGACAUACUGUAGCAAUAAUGUCAGUGGGAAUGAGUUGUCAAAAUUUCUCUUCCUCUUCCAAUGUCAUCAUAUUAAACUGCAUAACAUGUGCACCAACAUUAAAAGAUAAAUGUAAUCAAGAAGAAAAUAUUUGGAAUGAAUCUUGCAUACUGUUAAAGUUAGCUUACAUCUUUGCACCGUUGGUGUGAUCAGCAUUCAUAAUAAACAAAAGAAUACUUCCUGGCUGACCCGGAUGAACUGUGCCUGUAAUCACAAGUUUUUCACUAGGUAGUGUUGGAAUGUUUAUGUUUGUGCAGAAUUCUUUUUGCCAUGUCCUUGUGCUUAUGGUGUGAUUGAUUGAUUGAUUGAUUGAUUUAGGGGUUUUAGGCAUAAUGCCAAGCACUGGGGCAACUAAGGCCAUACAGCACUGAAAUGGAAAUUGACAGUGGAAAGGUUUGAAAGGUGUAAUUACCUUGCUCUAGAAAAGGUUGUUAAUGCAGUUCAAUGUAGUUGUAACUGCUUUUGUCUCACAUUAUUUGCAACACAUUGAAAUUUUAUAUGAGAAUUUUAAAGCCCUUAGUCCUCUUGUUGUAGUGGGACAAUUUUCUCCUGAACUAAAUAUGAGAAUAACCAUGCCCUCUCUUAUCAUUAGUUGCUAGGAAACUCCAGUGUUGAGUCUGGGUAGGAUGAUGGUGCACACUGGUUUAUAGGAGGAUACCUUCAUAUACUGAAGGUAGCUGUCUUUAGGUUUGGACUGUCAGGCAUGGGCUUUCAACUCUGGUGCAGGAACCACUAUUACUCUGUGAGAUAGUUCUUUUUCAGCUGUUGAUUCACUGUUUGGUGACAGUACUUAGCAGGAAGGGUCGCACAACAGGCAAGAAUGUUUAGAACACCUUUCCCUUUAAAAAAGCUUUUAGUUUGCUAGGCUGAGCAGAUGUAUUUUUGGCUGUGCUAACCCACCAUGCUCAUCAGUGUGGUAGCCUGUUUACUUUUUCAGUAGGUAAGAUUUAUCCAAGAUAAUUAAAUUUUUUUAGUAAAAUUGCUUAUUUCGGUACUUCCCUACUAUUACAAGUGGAAACCCACCCAGCCUCCCCACAUGUUAAGGGCGAUCAUUAAGAAUUCUGACAAGAAUUCCAAUGCCACAUGAUUGCAGAGAGUCCAUCUGGGUCAGCCAAGCAUUAUUCUUUUUAUUUUUAAUGCAGAUCAUACCAAACAGCACAAAGAUGUAAGCUAAUUUUAACUGUAGGGAAGUAUCAAAAUCUCGUAUUAGAGAAAGAAGCAUGAAAAGUAAUUGGGAAAGAAGAAAUGAGUAAGAACUUGAUAACAUUUAUUAUAGAAGUUUAUACCUUUAGUAUCUUUUACACAUAGAUGGAGAGCAGUUAGAGGAGAAAUGUAUGCAGACCUGGACUUAGAAAUAGGAUUAUACUUGUCACAGCAUUCACCAUACUUUGUCAGCUUAUUACACAAAAACCAUAUGAAGAAAAGUAGAGACAUUGAUGGAUUACAUAUAUAUAAAAGAAGAGAUGCAUGUGAUUGUAUGCAAAUGUUUUCUCACCUAUAACAAUGCAUUUUUGUUAUGCUGUAAAAGUUCACAUUGGGUAAUGAACACUGAAAAUUGUAAGAGGUGAAUUAAAGUGAUUUAUUUACAUUCAGUACAUGAAGCAUAUGCUGUAUAGGAAAAGGAUGGCUAAAUGAAAAAUUGUAGAGUCGGGGUCAAUCAUUUUAAUAUUAAUAAAAUAAAGUGAAAAUAUCAUAAUAUCAUAUGUCUGUAUACUAAUCACAAAAGUAUACAAGCCACAUGCAACAUAUAUACACCUGGAUUUUGGACCAGGUCAGAGUUUGAAAUUAACCUCUUCCCGCUCAACCCUGUGUAGUAUUCUUGGGUUUAAGAUAUCUGUCAUAUUUCAAUAAGCCCGAGCAUACUCGAAAUUCUGUUAUCUCUUUCCUAGCAACUCCCAGUAAACUCGGCUGUUGUUUAUAUUAGUCUCCCACUAUAGAAAGCCGUUUUCUAUGGAUAUAAGUGCCUUUUUUCUUUUAGAGAAUUGUAACUACCUUGGCGCCAGUUGGCCAUUGGAGACGCGUCCUUUCAUCUGGCAGGAUUUCCAUUGUUUUUUGUGGAUUUUCUUUUAUUAUUAUUGAUAUAACUAUCGUGAGUAGUGAGAGUGACAGUGAUACAGAGUAUUAUGAUGGAAUGGACGAUUCAGAGAGCGAAAGUGAUGGUGAUAUGACGUCAGAAUACUCUGAAACUUCAGAUGAAGAUGAUGACGAUAAUGUUCCUGAUAACCAAGGCUGGCAAAGAAUAACAAUUACAGAUGAUAAACCACCCUCUCCUCCACAGCCUUCAUUUCCCUUUAUUGGUGAUACUAUAAUUCAUCAUGUAUAUAAUACUGAAGAUGAUGAAGAAAAUACAUAUAUUCAGUAUUUUGAGUCAUUUCUUAAUGACAAUAUUUUAGACUUUAUUGUUACAGAGACAAACGGGAAUGCUGAACAAAAGUUGAGUGGAAAAUCAGAAGCGGAGAAAAAGAAAUGGCAUCCAACAUAUCGGGAAGAAAUGAGGAUUUUCCUUAGUGUUAUUAUGCUACAGGGGAUUGUAAAGAAACCUGAAGAAAGCCAAUACUGGUCUAAGAUGCCUUUGUUACAUACACCAAUUUUUGCUAAAAUUAUGCCACAUCGCAGAUUUUGCAAAAUAAAGCAGUAUUAGCAUUUGUCAAAUAAUGAGGAUUUUGACCCUGCCACUCAUCCUUGCCAAAAGCUCAACAAAAUCUGGAAGUUUUAUAAUAGCAUUUUUAGCAAAUUCAAAAGUAUGUACACGCCUGCACAAAAUGUAGCUAUAGAUGAAAGUCUUUUACUUUAUAAAGGACAUCUUGGUUGGGUACAAUAUUUGCCACUGAAAAGAGCUAGAUUUGGGAUGAAAUAUUUCAUGUUGUGUGAAAUCAGGAUACGUUUGGAAUUUUGUCAUUUAUACAGGUCAAGGAACAAUGUUUGAUAAUGAUUAUGAAGACCUUCCCGUGUCUUCAAAAAUUGUUAUGACUCCGAUGAAGCCAUUACUGAAAAAAGGCUAUUGCCUUACAAUGGAUAACUAUUAUAACUCUCCCCAAUUAGCAGAUUUACUGACAGAAAAUGAAACAGACAUAUAUGGCACUGUCCGUGUUAGUAGAAAGGAAAUGCCCUCUGGAUUGAAACAAGAAAAACUGCAGAAAGGCGGUAUGGCAGCUUACAAAAGAUGAAAAGUAACAGCAAUAAAAUGGAAGGAUAAGAAAGAUGUUGUAUUACUUUCCACAGUGCAUAACACAGAAAUGGUAGAAACAGAAAAAAGAGGAAAAUUAGUGAAGAAGCCUAAACUAGUUAUGGACUACAAUAACACAAUGGGAGGGGUUGAUAAAGUAGAUCAACGUCUCCAGGAUUAUCCUCUUACAAGAAAAAGGAGAAAGAGGUAUUACAAGAAAAUAUUCUUUCAUACUGUCGACCUCGCAUUGUUGAAUUCCUAUCUUUUGUAUCUCAAAUUAGGAGGAGAAGCAACAGCUCUAAAGUACAGUUUUCAAAUGAUAGACGAGACAAUAAAAAAGUACCAUACACCUAUGAUGUCAUCAAAAGUAGGACGACCAAGUAGUGUACCUCACCCUCUUCGUCUUACAGAAAGGCAUUUCCCAGAUGUCGUGCCACCUACAGAAAAGAAAAGUAACCCCACAAGACAAUGUGUAGUUUGUAGCAGAAAGCGAGAUGCAAGUGGAAAAAGUCUAAGGAAAGAAAGCAGAUACUGUUGUUUAGUGUGUGAUGUAGCACUGUGUAUAACUCCUUGCUUUAGGAUAUAUCACACGAAGGAUAAGUUUUAGGAAAAGAUGAAAUAAUUUAUUUUAUUUUAUGUUCUGUACAGGAGUAAAUAUAUUUAUUUUCAAAAUAUAAAGCCGAAAUAGGUAA